AUGUCGAUAGAUUCUUCUAUCAAUGAUAGUGAACAGGUAUUGGCUGCGGCACUUUCAGCAAUAUUGGGUAAGGAAAUUCUACCUGAGUCGAAUAUACCAAAACAAUCACAACGGCAUAUAAAGAAAGUUUCCUUAUUUGAUCAACAUCUAACGUGUUUUGUCUAUGGAAAAGUUGGCCGAGACGAUAGAAUAACUAGCAAUCAAUCAUUUAUGACAUUAUACAUUACAAUUCUAGCAACAAAAACUACGUUUCCUUGUGUAAUUGAACGUGAUGCAAGUGUCGAUAAAUUAAAACAAAUAAUUUAUGAGAAAGAAGGCAUAUUACGUAAUAAACAAAAUUUAAUACAUUGUGGACAAGAAAUUGAUGAAGGUCAUCUAUUGACUGAAUAUGACAUCAAAGAUUCCUCUGAAAUAAGUGUCGUACGUUUGAGAGCCAUAAAUUCAAAUGAUUUUUUAGUCUUAGAUAAAGACUCAUGGGAUCAGAUGUACGAUUAUGAUUUUACUAACAUUAACGAUCACGGGAUACAUUUUACUCGUGGUAGUGUUGAGUAUCGUCGACCAUGCGGGUGGAAACGGUAUGCAAUUAAAGUGACUGGCAAAUAUGAAGAUGAAGUUUGGCUUGGCUCGAACAAUAGCCGGAAUGAAUGGCCAGUAUCCUAUCAUGGAACAAAACAUGACGCAGUAAAUUCGAUUGCACAGAAAGGUUUUGAUCUAACAAAACAUGAGCGUUUUGCUCAUGGCCGUGGCAUUUAUUCAACGCCAGACGUCAAUAUAGCAAAAGUCUUCGCUAAGUCUUUUACUAUAAAUGCACAAGAACAUCUCGUUAUUCUUCAGAACCGCGUCAAUCCAAAAAAUUUAAUCAAAUUAUAUCACGAUGAAACUGGAAAUGGUGAAUACUGGUUAUCAUCCAAUGCUGCUGAUAUUAGACCAUAUGGAGUGUGUAUUAUGAAGAAACCGUGA